AUGAUCGCCGUCGAUAUGGAUGACGAACGAAUUAGCUCAAAAGGCGAUGUUGACGCCUCGUUGCAACCUAAAACGACCCUUUUCGAUCUUAAUGUACCGGCUCUUCCCAUAAGUGAUAGUGAAAAGGAAACAGAAAUAACAAAUCUCACACCUAAAAGUUCUUCAAACAAAAAGAAGGGAUCAAAAAGAGUUCGAUUUCCAUCUCUUACCAAAGAAGAACGAACGAAACAUUGGCGAGAAGAAAAACGUAGAACGCGAGCAAAGUUAACGCCAGAAGUUCGACUUGCACGUUAUAGACAUGAUCAAGAUGUAAAAAGGGAAAGAUUCAAAAACGCGCUUAAUCCAUCCUAUCUCUCAUCGCUCCAGAAACCAGAAGAGCAAGAGGCUUUACUUGCAAUGGCAACCGAAAGGCGAUUGAAACACAGACGAAAAGCGAGAGCAGUCUUGCAAGCAGAGAGAGCACAAAAAGGCAUCAAGUCCACAUUUUUUUCAAAGUACGAUCCCUAA